AUGAUGUUGAGGACUGGUUCUAUGAAAACCAUUCUCAUCCUUCUUUUUGCUCGAUUGACAAAUCUAAUAGUGCUUGGAGUAUCACCAAGACAGACAGGAAAUCAACCGCCAUCACCAAAAGCAGCUCUUCCAGACUUGAAUGAAGUACCACAGCCUGAUCAUGAUAUCGCUGGCCAUGAAGCUAUGCAACCGAUUCACAUUCUUGAGUCAACACAGCAUGCAUCUGAGCAAGUGAACAGAGAGGAUCCUUUAAAGAAAGAGAGAAGAAUGAUGCUGCGCAGGAUAAAUGCAAAAAAGUUCUAUGCGGCAUUGCCACCCGAAAAGAAGAAAGCCCGCUCUCGUCAAGUUUCUAUGAAUCAUAAAGCCAGAUUUGCAUCAUGGUCUGAAGAGCAAAAAGAAGAAUUCAGAGUUAAACAAAAAGAAGCAAAGGUAAAACAUUAUUCCAAUCCAUCACCUCGACCGUAUGAAAAGAGAAAAGGACAACAUGAUUUGACCACUCAUGGAGAUACUCCUCCGUCAGUGCAAAGCCCCGCCCUACCCAACCUGAACGAACUGCCACCGAGCGAGCCGGAAAAUCGAUCAACUGGCCAAUCAACGACCAAGCGAAAGCAAGAUGCUGCAGGAUUGGCAGAGCACGAUCCAGCUCAAACAGAAGCAAUGAAACCAGCAAAAAAGAAAAAAACUCCUUCUUACCACAAGUUGACACCUGAAGGAAAGUCAGCACGUAAUCAUAAAGUCUAUGUUAGACAUAGAGAAAAAUAUAACACAUGGAGUUUACGAGAUCAAAUAUCCGAAUUCCAACAGUCUAAGGCCGUGAAUUUUGCAUACGAUCAUGAAAGCCCCGAAGAGGAACAAGCUCAAUGUGCAAUCACUCGAUUGUCAUCAGUAGAAGUGCUUGCAGUUUCACCAAGACAGACAGAAAAUCGAGCUUUGUCAACGGAGACAGCUAUACCAGACUUAAAUGAAACACCACAAACUUAUCACCAUGUCGCAGGCGACCAAGCCAUACAACCAAUACAUAUCGAUGAUUCUGCAAAACAUACAUCACCUGCACCCAUACAAUUGAACACCGAAGAUGCUGUAGCGAAAAAGAAAAGACUCAUGCAGCGUAGGAAAUAUGAACAGGAGUAUUACGCAGCACUAUCACCGGAAAAGAAACAGGCUCGCUCUCGCCAAAUUUCCAUGCAGCACAAGGCCAGAUUUGCAUCAUGGUCAGAAGAGGAGAAGCAAGAAUUCAGAAAGAAACAAGGAGAAGCAAAGAAGAAGUCUUUUCACAAUCCAACACCUCGACCAUAUAAAAGAACAAAAGGGCAACACGAUUCAACCAGUCUUGGAGAUGGUCAGCCAGCGGUGCACAAUCCUGCUUUACUCAACCUGAAUGAAAUGCCACCGAGCGAGCAUAAAAGUAGUCCGACUAGCCAAACAACGAGAAAAAGGAAGCAAGAUGCUGCUGGAUUGGCAGAGCACUCAUCAACGGAACCUAUGCAGUUAAAUACCGAAGAUGCUUUAAAGAGAAGAAGGAAAUAUGAACAGAAGCUCUACGCAGCACUGUCGCCCGAAAAGAAAGAAGCUCGUUCUCGCCAGAUUUCUAUGCAGCAGAAAGCCAGAUUUGCAUCAAUGGUAAGUGAAAGUAUGAUUGCUGAUGUCGAAGAAUAAAGGCUGAUGAAAAGGUUUCACUUACUAACAAUCUUCUUAAACAUCAGUCUGAAGAGGAGAAGAAAGAAUUCAGAAAGAAAAAAAGAGAAAGUAAGAUGAAGAAUGCUUCAAAUCCAACACCUCGGCCAUACAGAAAAAGAAA